CACUAAAUCACUCAAUCACAAUCACUCGAUCAGCAUCUGUUCCGACUUCCGUCUUCGGUCCAAUGAUGCCUGUAAAUUGAGGUUCGCUUGAUUGUCUUAGCGCGAACCCUCCCAACAAGCAGGGUCAGUCAUCCAAAGCCUCGCGAGUCCCGCCCGCCAAAUUCACGCCGUGCCGAACAAAUCGCACCAGCGAACUACCUCGGGGACAUUUGCAGCAACCACAACCCCCAUAUACCCUCCAACGACUCUACGCGGCACGACUAAACCGCGAACUAUCAAACCCCCACCGAAUCCCACCCCGCUCAAGCCCUCGACAGGCCAUUUCCCCCACCGCCUCCCUGAGCCUCGCGCAGCCCCGCCCACGUACUCGCAGGAGGCGAUGUGCAACCGCAGCUCCAAAUCAGGAAGCUAGGACAGGACGAGCGCGCGCGCACACGAUUCAGAAGUGGAGGGAGAAGAGCGCGAUGCUCGCCACGCCUAGCAACUCGAGCCCUCGCAUCGCGUCGCCCGCGAGCAGCACCACCAGCGCCUUCCGCUACAGCAACAGCAGCACCACCGCUAGCCCGUCGACCAGAAAUGGCAAGAGCGCGAGCCCCGCGCUUCCCUUACUCCGCCAGCACCGCGAUAUGACCGCCGAUACGGCGUCGACUGGCGUGUCUGGGUCGCCGGCUACCACGGCGCUCGGAUCGUCAAAUUCGUCGCAGGAUCUUGUCGACUUGAAGAAUCUGAAUAUGAGGCGCAAAUCGCGGGAUGAGUCGGGUAAACCGGAGGAGUCCAGUAAUGGGGGGGUUGCCAAUGGUGAAGGGCGCACACAGGGCGACUCGGCAGGCGAAGGCGUCGGAGUAAGAACAGCGAUAGAUAUUCAAGCGCUCCUACAGUCUCCCAGCGCGAAGCGCCGCCAGGACCCCGAGCCAGCCAAAGACGGCUCAUCACGGGCGAGCCAGCAAUUUUUGCCUCCGAAACGGCCGCGGGCAGCACAGCGUGCGCCAAAGGUGCUACCUAUACGGUACGAACUGGUCGAUGCGGAGGAUAUGGUUAUUCUCGUUGCCGGUAUGGUGUCUGAGCUCAUCCAGACGAACGACAAUCUGCCACUGCGGGAUGUGGUACUCACACGCUUCCACUCUCGCACACCACCAGGCAUCUCAGUCCUCGACUACCUCCAACGCCUCGCCAAACACGCCGCACUCACCCCACCCCUCCUCCUGUCCAUGGUCUACUACAUGGACCGGCUCUGCUCGCUCUACCCCGCCUUCACAAUCACAACUCUAACCGUUCACCGCUUCCUCAUCACCGCCGCCACCGUCGCCGCAAAAGGCCUCUCGGACUCCUUCUGGAACAACACAACGUACGCCCGCGUUGGCGGCAUCAAGCUCGCCGAGCUGGGCUUGCUCGAGCUCGAGUUCCUGCACCGUGUUGAUUGGCGCAUCGUUCCCAAUCCGGAGGUGCUGGUGGAUUACUAUCGCGGGCUUGUCAGUCGGACGGGUGAUUACGUGAUAGAAGAUGAGGACGCGGAUGUGGACGCCAUGGGGGAGCCGGCAGUAGCAGGAUCAGCGGAGGUGCCUGACGAAGAGGGAGGAGGACGAGAUACGAAAUGGGAAAUGUGGAUGAGAGACGUGGCGCAUACAUCGGACACAAAAGGAGGUCCAUCCGGGGAGAACUCCGGCAACGUCGGAGCAUCGGGGCAGCCCUGAAGGGGGCCACAGAACCCGGAGAUUACUUAGAGAUAUAAGUCGCACAUACAUGCAUUGGUCAGGAGUUGGGGCGGGGUGGCGUUAAUAGCGAGGCCCUUCGCGCGGUACGCGCUGGUUGUGGCGCCGGCCGAUCGAUUAUGAAGGUUUGGAGACGUGAUGAUGAAGGGGGUUGGAAAUGAAAUUAGGGUAACUAAUGCCGCGUUGUUGGCAGUACAAUUCACGUAUAUAUACCUUGUGCCUGUUGGUGUAACUCUGGCUGUGACUGUUGGGAUAUGUUGUGCCGCCGUGAUAUUGGGAAUAGGGGCUGUAAGAUCUUAUGUUGUGCAUCUCGGAUAUUACUGCAGGUCUCUUGCGCCAGUAGGGUAUAGUAGUAAGGUGUAGUGAGA